UCAAAAGACACAGCUUCAGUUGUAAGGGUGAAGGCAAAGCAGAAAGAAAUGGCACAAACGGAGAAAUCUGAUCAUUUUUCCAUUGCUGCCAUUAUUUUGAUUGUCGCCGUUUGCGUGGCGCCACUGACAGCGUCGUCUACGUGUAAGUAACCAGGACUUUUGACAAGUAAAAAACUAAAAGCAGGCUAGUGCUCCGUAGCUAGGUUAGCUCUUGCUAAUUACCUAACGUCCAGCACAACUUUACACCACGUUAAACCUUGUAUGAGUUCCACCUUGCAGCAAUGAAGGUGGCUCUCACGAACCAACAGAAGAAUCCUCACGAUAGAUGUUUUUUUUAAGUAUUUAAUAAUUAAGUCUGAAUAUCUGUUACCUUAAGGGCUAACAUUAACUGCAGAUUCACUGAUAAACGUUGCAGCACCAUCUGAACAGCUGACAGCUGCAGCCGUUUGAACUUCCCUCCUGGGGGGUAGUUUAUGGAUUAAUUCAGCAUGUGACCGAGGCUCAGCAGCCAUAUCUUCAUCUCCCUCACAUGCUUUUCUCUUCCACGCACUGACGUUAGCUGACUGGCUGUAGCCUUUUUUCACCAAUUCUGGCAACCGAUAUAGCUACUACACACUUUUCGUAUGGAAUAAGGUUCCUCGUACGUAACGAUAGCACUGGACCGUAGCAGGUUAGAGCUGGCCUUCUUCUUCAUAAGCAAAUAGUGCUGAAGAUGGAUGAAGCAUUUCUGACAGUCAACAAUGAGCUGGGCAUUGAGGUGGUGGUUUCCUGGAUGUCAGAGCGGUGCUACCAGUGUUUGUACCAGCAGCUGGGAGUGGUACCUGCAUCGCCCAGUACCGGCCAGCCUAGUUCAGUAGAUUUUGUUGUGAGCACACAACAUGAAAUUGCUCUACAGCUCAACAGCACUGUCAACCUGGAGCUCUGCAAGGUUCCAUUCCACUUUGGGGAGCAUGGGAACUACUCGCUGUGGGUGAAAAAUCUGAACGACUCAUCAGUGGUCAACUGCUCUGUAGUGACUCUUGCAGACCCCGUCAACAGCUACAUACCAAUCUUGGUAGCUUUUCUCAUCUUUGCUGGACUGGCCUUGGUGUCUGCCAUUGGAAAAACAGUAUUAGGGCUUGAUGUAGUGAAGGCUUUUGUCUACAGAAUGAGCGGAUCCAUGGAAACAGAGAGGCUCAUCAACUCUGAACUGGGCUCCCCUGGCAGGAUAGUGGCACCAGUUACUGACAACAUCCUCCCUCCACCGCCCAGUGCCAGCAAGAGGCUGCGAUCUGUGGAUACAUUCAGAGGUAUCUCUUUAGUCAUUAUGGUGUUUGUGAACUAUGGUGGGGGGCGAUACUGGUUCUUCAGACACGAAAGCUGGAAUGGCCUUACUGUUGCAGAUCUAGUCUUCCCCUGGUUUGUGUUCAUAAUGGGGACAUCCAUCGCCCUUUCGAUCAACUCCCUCCUCCGUGCAGGCUUGACACGAUGCUCUCUGCUGAGGAAAGUGGCGUGGAGGAGCCUGCAGCUCUUCCUCAUCGGCAUCUUCGUCAUCAACCCAAACUACUGUCAGGGACCACUAUCCUGGGCCAACCUGCGGAUUCCGGGUGUGUUGCAGCGCCUGGCCUGGUCAUACCUUGUUGUAGCCUGCCUGGACCUGAUGGUGGCAAAAAGUCAUCUUGAUAUAUACACAACGGAUGCUUGGUGGUCUCCCUGCCUGGACAUCUUGCUGUACUGGCCAGCCUGGCUCUGUGUGCUUCUCCUAGAAAUCCUCUGGCUCUCUCUCACUUUCAUACUUCCUGUACCAAACUGCCCAACGGGUUAUCUGGGUCCAGGUGGGAUCGGAGACAUGGGCCUGUAUACUAAUUGCACCGGCGGCGCGGCUGGUUUCCUUGACCGAUUGGUGCUAGGAGAAAACCACAUCUACCAGACUCCUUCGUCACGGGUGAUUUAUGCAACUCGAAUGCCAUAUGAUCCAGAAGGUAUUCUUGGCAGCAUCAACUCUAUCCUGAUGGCUUUUCUUGGAUUACAGGCAGGAAAGAUAAUCUUACACUACAGAGAUCUCCCCAGAAGUAUAAUGUCAAGGUUUCUUAUAUGGAGCCUCUUAUUGGGAGUCAUAUCAGCAGCUCUGACCAGGUGUUCCACAGACCAGGGCUUCAUUCCUGUCAAUAAGAACCUAUGGUCUCUGUCCUAUGUGACAACACUGGCUUGUUUUGCGUAUGUGCUGUUUGUGCUGAUCUACUACACAGUGGAUGUGAAAAAGUGGUGGUCUGGAGCACCUUUCUACUACCCCGGUAUGAACUCCAUCCUCGUAUACGUGGGCCAUGAAGUGUUUGAGGAGUACUUCCCAUUCCGUUGGCAAAUGGCCAACAGCCAAUCCCAUGCUGAGCACCUCACCCAGAACCUCGUGGCUACUUCCUGUUGGGUCUUCAUCUCCUACGUGCUCUACAGAAAGAAGAUUUUCUGGAAAAUUUAGAAGCGUGGUCAGACAGCAGUACCAGAGGACAUUUUGUUUACAUGAGAAAUGCUGGAGUUAGAAUCUGAAAACACUUUAAAAGCAGUAAAUGGGAGACUGAUUUCAUUUGUCAAAACUGUGGGGGUUCUCUGAACAUACAGGGACUUCUUCUUUCAAAGAGCACCUCCUUGUGUUUUUCAGAGUUUUCAGUUUUCAGUCAUUACUUUAUAAGACAAAACAUGUUUAAAAGAGUUUUCCAAAGAUCUUCAGGUAUGAAGCAGCUGGCCCCUGCCAAAUAUCUUAAUUGACUCGGGAGGAAUUUCUCCACAGUUAGUUUGAGACUUUAGAACUAUGAUAACUGACCUUGUUAAUCUGUUUGACCAAGUGUCGAACCUUGAAUAACUAACCUUGUUAAUCUCUUUGACUAAGUGUUACAGAUUGUGGAAAACUGAAACCUGAAGUGGGUUUUAGUGAGACUGACUCUUCAAGAGCAGAAGGUGACAGUAAAUAAUGUACACUCAAGAGAAAAGACUACAGGAAUGCAGUGUGAUCUUUUGUGUGUUAUCAAAUCCAUCCUACUAAACAGUAGAAGGUGGAUUUAAGCUAGGUGAAACAUUAUGUAAAGGUUUUAAAAUAUGAAAGUUAAACAAUUGAAAUAUAUUGUUUCUUAUUAGUUAUGUGUGUGUGUAUGCUUAAUCAUUUAUUAUGGUCACUAGCACUCUUUUGCUCCUCCUCUGACCCCGCUACCCCACUCCACAAGUGUCCAGUGGUGUGACAUAUGAUGCUGCGUGUUGCCAUGUGCUGAUGGGAAGUGAGGGAGGACGGGUUGACCAUUGAAAGCCACUGGAGGUUGCUUGUUUUGCAUUUUGGUGACUUCAGAAGCAUGCAUGAUUUCAGAAACACAAGUCAGAGCUGCCCUUUUUGUCUUCUUUUUGUUUUAUUACACACAUUAUUUUGUUGGCAUUGACAGAAAUCGUUUGCCUUUUUCUUACCAUUUACCAUUUUCAGUUUUGUUAAAUGUGCCAUGAAUUUAUAGAAGCUAUUCUACUGUAUGUUUCCCAUUUACAGUAGUUUAAUUGUUAGGUUUAAUAAUACACCGUAAUACUGUAAUACUCCUCCCACAACAUGAAUGUGUCCCCCUCUACACCUGGCAGUUAUUACAAAUAUUACUUUUAUUGACACAUUUUGAAAAAUCAUAUGUUCAAUCUCUGGAAUAUCCAAAUGCUGUGAGUGAACUUUGGAAUAAUUGUUCAUCUGGUACUGUCUAAAUAGAUGAAAUUUCUUUCUUCAAAUUUUUAUACAUUUAUUUUUAUAUUCACCAUUUAUGUAAUAAAACUUUUUUCCAGAACAUUA